GACGUGUGGUGCAACAAUUUUUGGAUGCAUUUAGACUCGGUGGAUUUUGAUUCGUUUUGUCUCUACAGAUUUUGCUGAAUCCUCGAACAAACAAUUAGUGGAUCCCACAAGCGUUAUCGUUUUGUUCUCCUGAGGGACGAACUCUCCGUUCCGUUCAUUGUUUUUGUCACAACAUGAGCGUGAACAUCGCACACCAGAUGGUCUCUCAACACUCCACUGAUCUACAAAGAACAUUAUAAUAUAAUGAUAUGAGUAGGUGGGAAAGACAGAGUGCAUAUCUCUGUCCUGUAUGCUUUUGGAAGUUAAAUGUGGUAUUGAUCAGGUGCCGAUUGAUUUAUUUUGGUAACGCGAGCAGUGCGGAGGGUGAUGGACGCGCGCUCUGCAGCAGUGGUGCCAUCGCACUGCUGUCCUCUGAUUGAUCGAUAACGUAGCGCAAUAUCGGGCAGGAUAACGGACUAUAUCUGACCGCUUUGGAGUCGUCCACGUAUUUAUUCGCGGAAGCAUCGGCUGCAGGAGGCAAAGCGCAAACCGUAUUAAGCGAUUGAUGCGCCAGGAGAGACGACGGGAGAUUUAAACGCGACUUUGUUGGAGCGGGACAACCGGACUGAACAGAACAGCGCUCGUUUUUUCCGGAGCCCAAAGCAGCUUCUACGACAGAUUCUGUUACCCCACAGACACUGCACAUAUAUAUCGAAAACCAUGUCAUGUCAAAAAACAUGCACCCGCUCUUCGUUAUUUGUUUCUUCGGGGACACGAGGGUCGACAGGCCGCUGACUGUCACAAGAGGCAGCCGGUCAAGAAAACUACAAAGGUCUUUUUUGAACACAGUAUUAUCACAAAUCAACUACAAGGAAUCAUGCUGUCCAUCUUAGCAGCAGGGUCUGUUUUUUUCCCAGGCCUUUUUCUGUUGUCCAAACGGUGUCUUAGAUCCAUCCCUGGACUAAAUUGGAAUGAGGGGGAUGCAGUUAUUGUGUCAGCCAGGUUGGUGUCAUCCAUUCAAGCUAUUAUGGCUUCUACAGCUGGUUACAUCAUCUCCACAUCCUGUGAGGACAUCAUUGAGGACCAGCAUUGGCUGACCAGCUCCUACAUCCUAUUUGCUGUACCGUACUUUGUGUAUGACAUCUACGCCAUGUUCCUGUGUUACUGGCACAAGCUCCAGGUCAAAGGACAUGAGGUGGACAAUGGGUCCAAAUCUAAAGCUUUGGCAGUAGCUGGCUAUCUCCGCAGAGAGUUCCUCAUGGUCUUGCAUCAUGUUGUCAUGGUCACUAUGUGCUUCCCCAUCUCUGUGUUCUGGAGGCAGGGGAAAGGCGAUUACUUCCAGGGUGUCAUGUUCCUGGCUGAACUCAGCACACCGUCUGUCUGUCUAGGCAAAAUCCUCAUCCAGUACAAGCAACAGCACAGGCUUCUUCACAAAGUGAAUGGAGCCGUUAUGCUGAUAACUUUCUUCCUCUGUCGAGUCCUUCUCUUCCCCUAUCUCUACUACAUUUACGGAAGGCAUGCCUCUAUUCCUUUCUUCCGGGUUCCUUUCACGGUACCCUGGCAGUGUAAUCUCGGAGCAGCUCUUCUUAUGGCGCCGCAGCUCUACUGGUUUUCCCUGAUCUUCAGGGGAGCGUUCCGGCUGUUCACCGGCAAGUCUUCACGCUCCCGCAAGCCGAUAGCUCCGGUCAAGCCCGACUCCGAAGGACACGCGCCAGUGUUUCAGUCAGCCAAUGGCUACAACGCACAAAUGGUGGGUCGAGAAACGCCCACAAUGUCGCACUGAGCGGAGGAGCUAAUAUGAACAAGACUUAGCUGAGGACAGACUAAAAAUGGGAACAUAUGAUUGCAACGAUUAAUAAGAAGAAGGGCAGCGUGACCAGGACAUGAUCACCAGGAGUGAUUAAAGAGGCACUGAAGUAGAUUAGAUGCAUUAAUGCCCGUAACAUAUUACAGCACGGUGUUACGUUUAGUUCCAGGGCAUGGGUAAUGUAUAUAAGACAUGCUUUAGUAGACCAAGGAAUGCUAUGCUGACAAUAAAUCUGUGGAAGUGUCUACACAAUGAACCCACACGUUUGAGUAACUGAGACAAUAAGUGCAAAUUUGACAUAAGAAUAUUUCUGAACCAGGAGAAGCUCUUUUUUUCAAGGCACUUUGAUAUGGUUAUGGAAUGUCAAAGGUGAGGCUGAGGGUCUUUUAAAAUGCAGUAUAUUACAGUAGUCCUGCAGAUGCAUCAAAAAUCCUCAGUUACUUGCAGUACAUAUAGCAGACCAGCUACAAUGAGCAACCCAAGACUUCAGGCAAGAUUUACUUUGGAAAAUGUAUGAGUAAAGCCAAAACUGCCAUUCAGUUUAAAAUGAAUACUUAACCUGAAAAGAUAAUGUUGUCAUUGUAUACUCUUGAUGUCAGAUCUUUUCAUCAUUUUAACCUCGUGCUGUUUUCUUUAUGUUGUGAAACAUAACAUGAACAUAAAGGGCCCUAUCGUACACCCGGCGCGAGUGUAUUUUGCUAGUUUAAGCCCGACGCAGUCGUCAUUUUCGCGUCCUGCACCACGUUGUUUAAAUAGCAAAUGCACUUUCACUCAUUUGUGCGUCCAUGGGCGUGCUGGUCUGAAACGUUGCUAUUGACCGACUGAAACCUGGUCCAAAGCAAUAUUUUUGGAUAUUUAAAGAGCGCAUUAGUAAUAUUCUCCUAUAGGCAGGUGCGCAAUGCGCACAUUCUGCUCAUUACACACACAGGGACGCACGCGCAGCAGCAUACAUAUUUAAAUAUGAACAAUUAAAGGAAUAACAUGUAAAUGAUCCUUAUUGUGCGCAUAAUAUAAAUCUCCGGCUAGAUGGUCUGCUCGUGCGCGAGAGAGAAGCGUUCAGUCUUAGCUCUUGCAAACAACGCCGUGUAAAUAGCGAAUGCGCCAUGGUGCAAGCGCAUUUGGCUUUGAAAGGGAAUGGGAGAUGAGACUCUUAUUGGUUUAUUUCACGUUACGCCCAACGCACACCCAUGACUCAUUACGAGAAUAGGUACAACCCUUUUACAACAUUUUUUUCCGCCGUUAAACUACACUGUAAAAAACCCCCCGUAAUUUUACAGAAUUUUUCUGUUAUUUUUUAAAGAUUUUUGAAAUGUAUUUUUGAAAUGCGGUCAAAAAACGUAAGAUUACAGAAAAAGACCGCAAAUUUAUAAGAAAAAUGGGAAAACAUGUCAUUUUCAAGAAAAAAAACGUUAUUUUACAGUUUAACAAGAUUUUAUUUUUUACAGUUUUUUUUAAAUACAGUCAAAAACAGAAAAAUUACAGAAAAAGACAGCAAAUUUACAAGAAAAACAAGGAAAGCAAUUGAUUAUAUAUCCAUACAUCCUGUCAUUUUUCAGGAAAAAACUAUUAUUUAACUGUUUAUUUUUGUCACUCCAGCUGACAGAAAAUUUCCGUUUUUUUACGGAUUUUUUUUACAGUGUAGCAAAAGUGGAUUCUGAAACACCCACCUGCGCUUCAGACCAUGUGCUUGGAUCAUUAUGGGCGGUUUCACAUUAGCACUUUUGGUGCACACCCGGGUUUGAUUAACGUCAGAGUUCGGUUCGUUUGGGUGAUGUGAACGCUGUCUUCCGAACCCUGGUGCGCACCCGCGAACUGUACCCGAGUCCUCUUAAAAAAGGAGGUCUGGGGUGCGGUUCAUGUGAACUCCAGUACGCUUCGCUGCUGAUAUGAACGCAAUCUUACCAAAUCGCGGAUGUGAACCGCUAUUAAUGACGUAUUAUUAGUAAAAAUGUGUGCUUGUGUGUGUGUUUCACUCACUUUUCUGACGAGAAAAUCUCAUUUCUGUUCACCUUCAACGUUCUUAAGAGCAUUUGCAGUACAUUCACAGAUGAAAGUGCCGUUAUGUACUAAAGCUUUGGAAACAAAACUAACGGUUCAAAAACAUAAAUGUAUAAAAGUGAAGCGAGCAAUGUUAUGCAUUUUACCGCCUUCUCCUGCAUUGUCGUUACAAGCGACAGGGUAAACGGCUGCAGGCUUGAUGAUGCAAACGACCCGCGGUUCAGAAAUAAUAAUAUGAACACAGUCCAGCGGGGGCAGAGGGAGGGGGAGCAAUCGAACUAAAUGUGAAACCAACCUAAAAUAGGGCCCGAGAUAUUAAGUAGAGUGUCCCAACUACUGUCUUCAGUUAUACUGCCAAGACUUGGUCCAGUAUUCCAGGUCAGAACAAGUUUUAUGAUAGCUUUGUGUGCAAAACUGAAAUUUUAAUCAUAAUUUAUGAUGCUUUUCCUCUACAUUGUAGAUUAUCGUUUAUAAUUGUGUUCGGUACAAAAAUACAACACCUUUUGUUGCACUGCACAAUCUGUGAUUGUUUUUUGUGUGUGUCAGUAGAUGCACGAAAAUAUGAUCACAAAUUAGAUUUUGGAGAUUGGAAAUGAUUUUAACUUAAGUUUCAUGGGUUCCUCAAAAAAAAUGUGUGCGGCUUCAAAAGCCUUGGAAUAUGUUUUUUUUGGUUGUUCUUUUUAGAGGUUGGCAAUAUUAACAGAAGUUUGAACGUUCUGCUUAAUUUCUCCUUUGUGUUUCACAGAAAAAAAGGAAAUCUUGCAGGUUCAAUUGGUGACGAGAUUUUCUCUUCUUUGUAAGCUAUUCUGAUCCAUUAAAAGACCUCUCUUGAUCAGAUAAAGGGAAAAACGUAAGAUGUAAUGAAAUCAUGUCUGUCAGAUAAAGAAUGUAUUCUUUUAUACAUGCUAGUAUAUUAUUUAUACAUCAUCUGCUCAGAAAACAGAACAUUACAAGUAAUGCAAAAUUGCUACCGUAACUGUUCUCAAAUUAGACCUGUAAUCCUUUAAAGUUAGAACUCCGAACGGGUUUUUCUACAAAACAUUUCAUAUUUGCAGUUAGCUUUACGAUAUCCCUAUAGUGUAACCUUUUUAAGACUGAUGUCUAAGAAUCCUGCAUAUGUUUUAAAUGGACAUUGUAAAAGGAUAGAAUAUAUAUUAAGCUGCCUUAUCCCUCUUAUAACCAUAUUCUUUAAAUUAUACCUUUUGUCCAGAGUUGGAUUUCCUUCAUUUAAAUCCGAUACGAGAUGUACAUAGACGAUGUGAAAUCUUUGCACUUUAUUCAUUUCAUUGUUUUUCUUUGAAUAUUUUUUUUCACUUUGUGUCUCUGUGUUUCUUGCCAUUAUUUAUUGUGCUUUGCUGGAAAAUGUUGACUGUUUUUGAUUAUUGUUGGCCAUCUAAGCCUGUCAUCCUCAAUGUUUUUAGUGGGUCAUUCAAGCCAUAUAAUCUCGAUCUAGUUAUAACACAGGUUGUUUUCUCUCAUUUGCAAAUUCAUGUGGUCAGGUAUGUUUUGUUCAAUAAAACAUUGUGCUUGCAUGUUCAACGGUACCACUUAAAACUGAACUAACAUGGCAAAGAAGGCCUGUUUUUGAAACUUAAAUGACUAUAUGCUGAUUUGAAAUGUAUAACUGAUGAACACACAGGUGAAAGAAGUCCAUUGCACUGAAUUGGGUAUAUGACUUUGCAUGUGUAUAUUCCAUCUUUGUCCCUUGUGAAACCUCUAUAAUGUACCACACCACAUGCUGAGACAUGGAGCAAAAUUCAAGACUAUUUAACCUUAGUGAACUGCAACAACGGCUUUUGAUGUGUUUCUUUGAAAGAUUUGUUUUAGUUGCUUUAACCUUUGUUGUCUGGUUUUAACAUGUGUACACGUUGAACCUGUUUCCUGUCCUCAUAAGUACAAAAUGAAAGCACUGUUGUAUCUCAUUGCAAAAAUAUAUACUCUUGUCUUAUAUGCUGCAUGUUAUGUGAGUUCUCCUGGUCUAUUUGUGAAUGUGCUGAUACAUUUAAGGUACAAUAGCCGUCAUUGGGGUGAUUCUCUUAAGGGUUCCUUUUUAUACCUCUAAAGAUACACAUUUUAGAAUGAACGUUUUUCACCUCAACUGACUUUAAAUUUGAGAGCUUGACAACAUUCAGGCACAAUCCAGGCACUAUUCAGUCUAAACAGACACAAAAUACUUGUGUGACACUUUACAAUAAGGUUCAAUUUGUUACUACAUAAAGAAACAAUGGACAAAAUGGCCUUUUACAGAAUUUAUCACAUGGAGUUCGACGUUUAAUAAAGCAAUAAACCCCACGUUUUUUAACAACACCCAUUAGCUGUCAUAAAAUGCACUUGUAACCCACUGCUUGCAGGGCUUAUUGCUUUUAUAAAACGGUUAUUCCAUAUGCAUAGCAAGGUCAAGAAACACAAAUGUGACCCUGGACCACAAAACCAGUAACACGCAUGACAUUUUUUGGCAAUACACUCACAGAAAUAAAGUUUUGGUUUAUUUACGGUAGGAAAUUUAGAAAAUGUAUUCAUGGAACAUGAUCUUUAGUUAAUAUUCACUGAUAUUUGGAAUAAAAGAAAAAUCGAUCAGU